AUGGUGUGCGGCUCAGAAGAGGAAUUCCAAAUCGGAAACAUUCCGGACUUGACCGGAUAUGUAUCCAUCGUCACAGGUGGAAACGCCGGUAUUGGCUACCAGACAACCCUACAAUUAGCCAAACGAGGAGCACGAGUGUACAUUGCAAGCCGUUCCAAAGAUCGUGUCGAUCAAGCGAUUGCCGCUAUGAGAAAGGAUGAGAAAGGGCUGGAUAUCAGCUUUCUCAAGUUGGACUUGCAGGAUCUUCAAAGCAUCAAAUGCACCGUCGAAGAGUUUUUGAGCAAGGAAACCAGACUGGAUAUUCUCAUCAAUAACGCUGGUAUCAUGGCAUGCCCUUUUGAACUUACCAAAGACGGCCUGGAAGUGCAAUGGCAAACGUGUUUCCUUGGUCAUCAUGCUCUCACAAUGGGUUUGCUUCCAGCACUGAGCGCAGCUGCUCUCUAUCAUAACAAUAAGACCCGCGCUAGGAUAGUGAAUGUUUCGAGUGAUGCAGGGCUUCUAUGGGGGCCGAAGAGCAUUAAUUACGACGAUCCUAACCUAACCGACUUAACGGGCCGAACAGCACCAUGGAGGAGAUAUGGACAUUGCAAACAAGCCAGCAUCAUAAUUGCAAAAGCAAUCACUGAUCGCUAUCGGACUAAAGGGAUCACUGCUUAUUCCUUACACCCGGGGAUCGUGCAGUCGAACCUGCAAAGUCAUGACAACACCAUCCUCGGCACUCUCAGCCGCGCCGCCAUGAAGAUUAGCCCGACAUCUUCAGCGGUUGAUGGGGCUCGUACCUCUUUGUACUGUGCGACUAGCCCCAGAGCAAUUGAUUCCGCGGGUUUAUACAUGGUUCCGUUUGGUAAGGUCGACAAUCGAGCGAAUAAGUGGCUUAAUGACCCAAAAGCUGUCGACAAGCUUUGGGAAUACGCCAAUAACCAACUUAAGAAUCACGGCUUUCCGACGGAGCAGUAAUGAAGGAGUGAUACUUUGUGUAGGGAAAUGCUCUUAAUCUAGUCGCAAAUUUAG